AUGGAGUGGGUGCUCGCGGAAGCGCUGCUCGCCCAGAGCAGGGACCCCCGUGUCCUGCUUGGGGCGCUAUGCCAAGGAGAGCCAUCCGUGGAACGCGUGGAGACGCUGCGGUUUUUUCUCCAGCGGCUUGAGGAUGAGGAGGCGCGUGGCGGCGGCGGGAACGCGGGCGCGUGCUCCGCGGCGCUGCUACAGGAGGCGGCGCGUGAGGCGGCGAUCGGGUACCUGGUGCCACUGUUGCGGAGCCCCGGCCCGGAGCCGCUGCGCCUUCGCGGCCGCGUCCUGCGGGCGGCCGCUGGGGGCCUGCGCUCUUGCGUCCGCCUCGCCGGGGUCCAGCAGUGGGCGGCCGCGUUGGCUGAGGACGCCCUACGCGACCUGCUCGCUGUGCGGCGGGAUUCCGGCAGCGAGGGUAUCUCUCGGGAAGCCUCUUACAGACUUGGCGGGCCCGACACCGAGGCAGCUGUAGAGGUUCUGGUGGCCAUCAGCCCCUGUCUGCGGCCGCACGAGGAUGGGGCGUUGCUGGAGCGAGUAUCGCAGGCUGCCUUGUCCCUGGCUCUGGGCGAGGCCGAGGCGGGGCCCGCAGAAGAGGCGGCAGUUUUGGCGGCUGGAAGGCUGCUGCCGGCGCUGGGCCGGUGCGGUGAGGGGGUGUUGCGGACCGUGUGGGAGGGGCUGCGCGAUGCGGCCGCUCCGUCUGGGGCCUCGGGCCCGGGCGCCCGGCUACCCAGCGUCGGGCGCCAGCUGCUGGUACUGAGUGCCCUGGCGGAGAAGCUGCUGUCUGAGCCGUGUGCGGGCUUAGCCCUUCACGGGCCAGAGGCGGGCCUGGACGCCCGGCAGUGCAGGCAUUUCUGGAGAAUCGUGCAGGCGGGACUGGCUGAGGCCGAGGACGCGCUUACGCGCAAGAGGGCGCGCUAUGUGCUGCAGACGGCAGUGGAGGUGUCUGCUGAGCAGGGAGCCGACUUUGCUUGCGGCGCCUGGGAAGCAAACGAUCCAAGUCUGUUUUGGUGGUAUGAGAAGAAAAAAGAUGAGCUUCUAAAGUUUUGGGAAAACUAUAUUUUAAUUAUGGAAACUCUAGAAGGAAAUCAGAUACAUGUUAUAAAACCAGUUUUACCAAAGCUAAAUAGUCUGUUUGAAUAUGCAGUGUCGGAGGAAAAAGGAUUUUGGCUUUUUCACCCGUCCUGGCAUAUGUGUAUUUAUAAAAGAAUGUUGGAAAGUGAAAAUAAAAUCCUGACCAAAGAAGGCAUUAACCAUUUUUUAGAACUCUAUGAAACAAAGAUACUUCCAUUUUCAUCAGAAUUUUCUGAGUUUAUUGUUGGACCGUUAAUGGACGCACUUUCAGAGAGUUCUCUGUAUAGCAGGUCCCCAGGCCAGCUGAUAGGAACUGGUUCACCAUUGGGAUUGAAAUUACAGAAAUUUUUAGUCACUUAUAUUUCUCUUCUUCCAGAGGAAAUAAAGAGUAAUUUCCUGUUAAAGUUUAUUCAGAAAAUGAGGAGUAGACAUUGGUGUGCUGUUCCCAUUUUGUUUCUGUCUAAGGCUUUGGCAAAUGUCCCAAGAUGUAAAGCCCUGGGGGUAGAAGGGCUUCUUGCCCUCAGGGAUGUUCUUCAGUGUACUAUGAUCACACAUCAGAUUCUAUUAAGAGGGGCAGCUCAGUGCUAUCUUCUUCAAACAGCUAUAAAUUUGGUGGAUGUGGAGAAAGUAUCUUUUUCCGAUGUCUCAACUUUUCUCAUGUCUUUGAGACAAGAUGAAUCCUUAGGACGAGGAACUUCAUUAUGGACAGAGCUCUGUGCCUGGUUACAUGUUAAUGAAAGCUGUUUUAGGCAAUCCUCAAAUUGUAGUUCCAUUGGACUUCAGGAGACAUCUUCUUUGAAUGCAUAUGUAAAGAACCUAGUUCAAGAAUAUAUUAAGUCUUCUGCUUGGGAAAGAGAAAACAGCUUUAUGCCUGAUUGGUUUGAAGCCAAGCUUCUUGCUUUGAUGAUCUUACUGGCUGUAGAUGUGGAAGAAAUGAGGAAUCAAUAUAGUGAAAAGCGGAGAAUACAGAAUAUAUUAAGGAUAUUCUUAGAUCCUCUUCUGGAUGCCCUUAUGAAGUUUGGUACAAAUGCCUACAUACCUUUGCUGAAAACUGACAGAUGCCUCCAGUUGCUGUUGAAGUUAUUGCAUACUUGCUUGUUGAAAGUUUCCAGUACCCAAGAUGAUGAAGUGUUUACUCUUCUUCAGACCUUUGUCAUGUCUACUACGGAGGCCAUUUCUGAAUUUAUUCUUAGAAAACUUACCAUGAGUGAGGUAAGUAGUGUUUCAGAUCUGGAUCGUUGCCAUCUAUACCUGAUGGUAUUAACUGAGCUUAUAAAUCUCCAUCGGAAGGUUGGAUGGAAAAGGGGUAAUGCCAUUUGGAGAGUGAUUUCUCCUUUGAAAGAUGCAUCUAUUCGACAUCUUCAAGAGAUGAGCAACGGACAGGAACCAACACUUGGUAGACAGAUGCAGAAAGUGUUUAGUAUGGCAUCUUUGGCCAUGGUAUGCAAGGCCAUUGAUCAGAAGCCAGAACUGCAGCUUGAUUUGCUGGAUCCAGGGCCCAUGGAGAGGUUCCUGUCCACUUUUCAGCUCAAUCAGACCUUACAGAAGCCCCACACAGAGGAGCAAAGCAGGUAUAUUCAUCCUUGAAAUAGUGAUGAUAUUUUUUGUUUCAGUUUUUUUGAAGAAUCAUCAUCUUCCCAAGGAUGGGGGAAAAUAGUUGCACAGUUUAUCCAUGAUCAGUGGGUCUGCCUCUCUUUCCUACUGAAAAAAUACCAUACCCUUAUACCAACCACAGAGAGUGAAAUUCUGGAACCCUUUCUACCUGCUGUUCAAAUGCCAGUAAAGACGUUGCGGUCUGCCUUAGAAGCCCUCACAAUCCUUCCUUCUGAUCAAGUUUUACCUGUGUUCCAGUGCAUGAAAAUUUUGAUUCCUAAGCUUCUGACCUCCUGUGAAUCACUCUGCAUGGAGUCUUUUGACAUGGCCUGGAAAAUCAUAUCUUCUUUAAGCAACACUCAGCUGAUAUUCUGGUCUAAUUUAAAAGCUUUUGUUCAGUUUGUUUUUGAUAACAAAGUUCUUACCAUUGCUGCAAAAAUCAAGGGCCAGGCAUAUUUCAAAAUAAAAGAGAUUAUGUACAAGAUAAUUGAAAUGUCUGCCAUAAAAACUGGAGUCUUCAAUAUGCUGAUAAAUUACUGCUGCCAAUCAUGGAUAGUUUCUACUUCGAAUGUGUCCCAAGGUUCAUUAUCAAGUGCUAAACAUUAUAGUGAACUUGUCCUUGAGGCUUGUAUAUUUGGAACUGUGUUUAGGCGUGAUCAAAGACUUAUUCAGGAUGUACAGACCUUCAUAGAAAAUCUUGGACCUCAAUGUGCAGCAAACAUUGUUAUUGAAAAUGCUAAAAGAGAGGACUGUUAUGUGAGAAUUUGUGCUGUCAAAUUCCUGUGUUUAUUAGAUGGCUCAAAUAUGUCCCAUAAAUUGUUCGUGGAAGAUCUAGCAAUCAAGCUAUUGGAAAAAGAUGAAUUGGUGUCCAAGUCAAGAACUCGCUACUGUGUGAAUUCUCUACAACACAGAGUGAAAAACCGAAUAUGGCAGACUCUCCUUGUACUUUUCCCUAUAUUUGAUCAGAAUUUCUUGAAUGGAAUUAUUGACAAGAUUUUCCAGGCUGGAUUCAUGAAUAAUCAAGCAUCCAUAAAAUAUUUCAUAGAAUGGAUUAUUAUAUUGAUUCUUCAUAAAUUCCCUCAAUUUCUUCCAAAGUUCUGGGAUUGUUUUUCUUACGGAGAAGAAAAAUUUAAAACAAGCAUUUGUACAUUUUUGUCAGUUUUGUCACAUUUGGACAUCAUUAUCCAAAAUAUUCCAGAAAAGAAAUUUACCCUGAAGCAAGCCCUUAUUAUUGUAUUGCAGUGGUGUUUUAAUCACAACUUCAGUAUUCGACUCUAUGCUUUACUUGCUCUUAAGAAAAUCUGGAACAUGUGUAAAACAUCAUAUGUCAAAGAAUUUGUUGUGUUGUCUUCUGUGAUUGAAUCUAGUCUUAAUCAAGUGGAAAACAUGCAUGGAACAGGGAAUGCCAAGAAGAAUUGGCAGCGCAUUCAAGAGCAUUUCUUUUUUGCAAAAUUUCACCCACUUAAGGAUUAUUGUCUGGAGACCAUAUUUUACAUCCUUCCACGCCUUUCAGGCCUUAUUGAAGAUGAAUGGAUUGCCAUUGAUAAAUUUACCAGAUUCACUGACAUUCCUUUAGAUGCAGGAUUUCAGUGGUACCUUUCUCAAACUCAACUUUGUGAAUUAAAACCAGGUGAUUGGUCUCAGCAGGACAUAGGUUCUAACUCAGGUGAAGGAGAUAACCAAUCAGAAUGGACUGAUGUUCAGAAGAAGAUUAUCCCAUGGAAAAAUAAUGUUCCAGAUUUAGAACUGGAGCUAGAGUUUCAGGAUCGUGCUGCCAAACUUGGAAAGUCAAUUGGCAGACUGAUUGUAGUGGGCUCACUCAUUGACAAACCAACCAAUUUAGGAGGAUUAUGCCGGACCUGUGAGAUAUUUGGGGCCUCAGUGCUUGUUGUUGGCAAUCUUCAUUAUAUCAGUGAUAAACAGUUUCAGCACCUUAGUGUUUCAGCAGAACAAUGGCUUCCUUUAGUGGAGGUAAAACCACCUCAGCUAAUUAAUUAUCUGCAGCAGAAAAAAGCAGAAGGUUAUACCAUCAUUGGUGUGGAACAAACUGCCAGAAGUUUAGACUUAACUCAAUACUGCUUUCCUGAGAAAUCUCUCCUCUUAUUGGGAAAUGAACGUGAAGGAAUUCCAGCAAAUCUGAUCCAGCAAUUGGAUGUUUGUGUGGAAAUACCUCAACAAGGCAUUAUCCGCUCGCUUAACGUCCAUGUCAGCGGAGCUCUACUUAUCUGGGAAUACACAAGGCAGCAGCUGCUCCAGCACUGA